CACGGGGAGCUGGGAGUGGCGGGGGCGGCGGAAGGUGAGCCUAGGAAGGUGGCCCAGCGCCCCUUCUGCCUGGGCCCCUCCCCGUGCUCCUGUAGGGUGUCAGCCUCGGCUCCGCUUGCCCCCACUCCACCCUCCUUUCGAAGGGAUUGCCUUUUUUUUCCUCUGCGGCGGCGGAAAUGACAGUGUGGUGCUGCGGUGGUGUCAUGGUGCUGCCUCUGGACUGAGAGGCGAAAACUCUUUAAGUUUAUCUCAGGAGACCUAGACGCGGGAACGUCGCGGUCUCCGUGCUGUCCCCCGUGGGGCGCGCGGGCUGGCGGAUCCCGGCUGCUGCGCGGCGGCGGCGGCGGCGGCCGCAGCGGCGAAGGCGGGCGGCGGCCUAGAGUGGUGGCGGCGGCGGCGGCGGCAGCGACAGCGGCCCGGGAGCUUGCACGGGAGCCCGAGCCAGCUUGCUGCGGAGGCCGGCGAGCGCCUGGCGCUCCCUGGCGCGCAUAGGAGAUGGCUGGCACCCGGGAACAAUAUGGGUGAGAGCCAGGCCUCUGUGGUUCUUAAUGCCUCAGCAGGAUUAUUUUCACUAAAGAUGGAAACACUGGAGUCGGAAUUGACCUGUCCAAUCUGCCUUGAGUUGUUUGAAGACCCCCUUCUGCUCCCUUGUGCUCACAGCCUAUGUUUUAGCUGCGCCCACCGCAUCUUGGUCUCAAGCUGCAGCUCCGGUGAAUCCAUUGAACCCAUUACUGCUUUCCAGUGUCCUACAUGCAGGUAUGUUAUCUCGCUGAAUCACCGGGGCCUGGAUGGCCUCAAGAGGAAUGUGACCCUGCAGAACAUUAUUGAUCGCUUCCAGAAGGCUUCGGUCAGUGGGCCCAAUUCUCCAAGUGAGAGCCGCCGGGAGAGGACUUACAGGCCUAGCUCCGCCAUGUCCACUGAGAGAAUUGCCUGUCAAUUCUGUGAGCAGGACCCUCCGAGAGAUGCUGUAAAGACGUGCAUCACCUGUGAGGUCUCCUACUGUGACCGUUGCCUUCGGGCCACACACCCCAACAAGAAACCUUUCACCAGUCAUCGCCUGGUGGAACCAGUUUCAGACACACAUCUUCGAGGGAUUACCUGCCUGGACCACGAGAAUGAGAAGGUGAACAUGUACUGUGUAUCUGAUGACCAAUUGAUCUGUGCCUUAUGCAAACUGGUGGGUCGUCACCGAGACCAUCAGGUCGCUUCUCUGAAUGAUCGAUUUGAGAAACUAAAGCAAACUCUCGAGAUGAACCUCACCAACCUGGUUAAGCGCAACAGUGAACUAGAAAAUCAAAUGGCCAAACUAAUCCAGAUCUGCCAGCAAGUUGAGGUGAAUACUGCUAUGCAUGAGGCAAAACUUAUGGAAGAAUGUGACGAGUUGGUAGAGAUCAUCCAGCAGAGGAAACAAAUGAUUGCUGUCAAAAUCAAAGAGACAAAGGUUAUGAAACUGAGAAAGUUGGCACAGCAGGUUGCUAAUUGCCGCCAGUGUCUUGAGCGGUCAACAGUCCUCAUCAACCAAGCUGAGCAUAUCCUAAAGGAAAAUGACCAAGCACGCUUUCUGCAGUCUGCAAAAAAUAUUGCUGAGAGGGUCGCUAUGGCAACUGCAUCUUCGCAAGUUCUGAUUCCAGACAUCAAUUUUAAUGAUGCCUUUGAAAACUUUGCUUUAGAUUUUUCUAGAGAAAAGAAACUAUUGGAGGGGCUAGACUAUUUAACAGCUCCAAACCCACCAUCUAUCCGAGAAGAACUCUGUACUGCUUCCCAUGACACCAUUACAGUCCACUGGAUCUCAGACGACGAGUUCAGCAUCAGCUCCUAUGAGCUUCAGUACACCAUAUUCACUGGCCAGGCUAACUUCAUCAGUAAGUCAUGGUGUAGUUGGGGCCUGUGGCCAGAGAUAAGGAAAUGUAAGGAAGCAGUAAGCUGCUCAAGAUUGGCCGGUGCGCCACGAGGCCUGUACAAUUCCGUGGAUAGCUGGAUGAUUGUGCCCAAUAUUAAGCAGAACCAUUACACAGUUCACGGACUGCAGAGUGGGACCCGCUACAUCUUUAUUGUGAAAGCCAUAAAUCAAGCAGGCAGCCGGAACAGCGAACCCACCAGACUAAAAACAAACAGCCAACCAUUUAAACUAGAUCCUAAAAUGACUCACAAGAAGUUGAAGAUCUCCAAUGACGGGUUACAAAUGGAGAAGGAUGAGAGCUCGCUGAAGAAGAGCCACACGCCGGAGAGAUUUAGUGGCACAGGGUGUUAUGGGGCAGCAGGAAAUAUAUUCAUUGACAGUGGCUGCCACUACUGGGAGGUGGUCAUGGGUUCUUCAACAUGGUAUGCAAUUGGUAUUGCCUACAAAUCAGCUCCAAAGAAUGAGUGGAUUGGCAAGAAUGCCUCUUCCUGGGUCUUCUCUCGCUGCAACAGUAACUUCGUGGUGCGACAUAACAACAAGGAAAUGCUGGUGGAUGUGCCCCCACAGUUGAAGCGUCUAGGUGUCCUCCUGGAUUAUGACAACAACAUGCUGUCUUUCUAUGACCCAGCUAACUCUCUCCAUCUUCAUACUUUUGAUGUUACCUUUAUUCUUCCAGUUUGUCCAACAUUCACAAUCUGGAACAAAUCCCUAAUGAUUCUGUCUGGCUUGCCUGCCCCUGAUUUUAUUGAUUAUCCUGAGCGGCAGGAAUGCAACUGCAGGCCUCAAGAAUCCCCUUAUGUGUCAGGGAUGAAAGGUAGCCAUUAAGUGUCAAGAGAACAAGUUAAGUCACUGGCUCUUGGGUUCCGCACUUCCCCUCUUAAGCCUCCAUUAGCUCUAUAUAUGAAAGACAAACUAAAGUUCAUUGGAAGCACCCGAAAUAACUAGAUAUUGCAGAUUUAAUUUUGGGGCAUUAAAACUUAUGUUUGAAUACAUGUAUUGACUUACUCAGAACAAAUUACUUUGAACAGUCUGGGUUCGUGCCACCAGGGAAGAAUUUUAGAGAAUAUCUCUGUUGUCAUUGGAGAAUUUAAAAUUCCCAGUGAUUUGGGAGUAUAAAUGAUACUGUUAGGAAUUAGCCUUUCUAGUAAUGGCUAGUUUGACCAGGUAGAUUUUGCACAGUGUCAAAUUAUCAUGUCACUUUUUAAUAAGCUAAUGAUUGAGGUGUUUUAAGACCAUCAUAUAUGUGCAUUUGUAAUAUAUAAAAUGACAAUUCAUUUUAUGAGCAAAUUGACAGAUGAUUUUGUCUAUUAUGUAUACACAAUAAACCUUCAUUUGCCCAUUUAAAUAAGAAAUAUAUGGAAAAGGAAAAUAAAUGACACUGCCCAUUCCUAACCCCUAGGUAAAAGAUCACAGUUAGCCAGCAUUUCGCUCUCCUUCCCUUCCAGCCAUACUUUCCUCCCUCUUGUCUCAUGUACAUGCAAUCAAGACACAGGAAGUGAGAAGAGCUCUUGGUUAGAUGAGGAGAGAUCUGGGGACAAGAUUGCACAAGAGAUGCUAAUGCUACAUAGAAAAUUGAUUCUGGUAGAGAAGUGUCUCGUGCAGCAUAAUUUCAUUGAUAUUACUUAAUGGAGGAGAUUCAUCUGAAUUGUUAAAAAUUAUCAUAGAAUAUUUCAGAGAAAUAUAGUUUUGUUAUUCUCAAAUACAAAGAUACUAGACUUAGGCUUAAGAAUAGAGUUGCAUAAUGGAGUUUCUUCAGAACUCGCCUUACUUGAACAGUAAGAAUGGAGUGGUACAGGUUCAACAACUAUAUACAUACAAAUGUACUUAUAUUUUCAGAUGAAGCACUCCCGAAAUGCUGUUUUCCUCGAUAGGUUCAAUACUCAUUAUUUUUGGAAUUUUGUUUAUACUAUUCAUUCACUUGCAUCCCCUCCACGACAAAUAAAAACAUAAAUUCCAUCCUAGUUUUCAUCAUAGAAAUUGAGCUUCACAGUCUGUGAUUUCACCAGUUCUGUUGCAGAGAUGAAUUGGAAAUGCCAGAGAAAUAGAGCCUUCUUUCAGGAGCCAAAUCUACUCCUUGGUACUUGUAAAAUGAUUACUGCUGUGUAAAUAGUAGUAGCCAUUCCCUGGAUUGUAUGUAGUCUUGAUACCGUGUCAUACGUUAGCCCCUCAUUCUGCUAGCAUAGUGGAUUCUUAUUUAUUAAUUUGUUCAAUGAUGCCCCAUUACUGCUGCAAGAAUGCACAUACUACUAAAAUGCAGUCCUUGCUGUCAAAUGUCUCACUCUUAUGCACAAGAGACAACAUAACUCAGUAAAUCUUACCUAAUGAUCCUUACAGAUUGUUUGCUUAUCUACCACAAAAAAAAGAAAGGCCUAUGCCAAUACAAAAGGAAGGCUCAGAUUUACAUGCCAGCUAGCAAAGUCAGUUUCUUUGGCUUGAAAGAUUUUAUGAACUUUACAGCUCAUCAACAAAUGAGCAACCUUAGUAAAACACAACAGUGCAGGGCUGGAGAGAUGGCUCAGCAUUAAGAGCACUGACUGCUCUUCCGAAGAUCCUGAGUUCAGAUCCCAGCUACCACAUGGUGGCUCACAACCAUCCGUAAUGAGACAGAUGAGACGCCCUCUUCUGGUGUGUCUGAAAACAGCUACAGUGUAUGUACAUAUAAUAAAUAAAUAAAUCUUUAAAAAAAUAAAAAAAUAAAAAAACCAACAGUGCUGGUAGCUUGCUUGUGGUAUGAUAAAACUCCCAGUCUUGAGAUUGAAAUAGCCCUAGCUUCUCUGCCAUUUAACUAGCAGUGUGACCUCAGGAAAACACUUCUCCAAACCCAUUUCCUAAUCUGUAAAAUGAUCCCCAGUUUAUGGUGUAAAGGUGUAAAAAGGUAGUGUGUAUCAGUUAGCCUAGCACAGCGCCUGGCAUUCACUAUGUGUGCCACCAACGUUCAUCUCUUUCCCAACAGCAUUCAUUUCUUUUUGUGUCCUUUACAUGUUAGUCCUGCGGACAAAGCUUUAGCUCCUCCUUCUCCUUUUGACUGCAGCUUACACUUCCUUCCCUCAUCCCAUCUUUUCUCAGCUAACUCGUGACCCCCAGAAUCAGCUUUUGGGGCUCUUUGUGGCCCUCCCCUGGCAUGCUGAGCACCCUCCCCACCCAGCAACAAUGUGGCAAGAGUGGCCAUCCUCUAAAGAUCCAUUUUAGAAGCAUUGUUAGUGAUUUGUUCCUUAAAAACAAUUGAUUCUUGGCCCCUGCCCCUGAAACACUUAAUUAAAUUACCUGAACAUAAGGAAAGUUAUAUUUGAGACAAGCUUCUCAGGUUAUUCUGAACCACACAAAAGUUUAGUGUAUAAUAAUAAUUUUCCCUAGAAUGAGACUACCUUGGGGGUAAGGACUGUGGCUUUUAGUGUUGUGUAUUUAAUACCCAGCACAGUGUCUGUAACAAAGUAGUUGCCUGGCUAAUGUUUGUUGAAAGACUGUAUGAAUGAAGAAAUGAAUAAUCAAAAUUGCUCUGUUUGACUGUGAUGUCCAUUUGUGGUAUUUGUUAUUCUUGGGGGCAAGGUGGUUACUUUAGUCUGUAUUGAUAUUAUUUUGUAAAUGUACCAGGGCUUAUACAUACAAAUGAAAAUUGUUCCAGAUUGGCAGUUAUCAUGGAGAAUUGUCUUUGGAGCAUGUGGAAUCAUUCUACCAGUUACAUUUCAUAUUUUCAUGAACUUCAAUGAAUGUUGUUCUUUGGAGGUAGAUUUAAGUUUUUAUUAAAGGCAGAGUUAAGCCUACUGGACAAACUGAAAAAUUAAAUGGGGUCUGUGGGAAGCAAUAAAGCUUGACUCUGAAAUGCUAACUUCUGAGGCACGUAAUGCCUUUCAAGAAACAAAAUGGUGGCAAAUCACUCAGAGGGCUAUGGUGAGUUCCAGAUAUUUACUUCAGUAAACUUAAGACUUUCAUAGAACACUGGCAAGGGACCAGGGGCUAACCCUAGCUAAAGCCAGGUGCACAAUGGAACAUGACCAUUUAACAUCUUCAAGAAAGAUGAUUCCGUAAAAAAUGGUUGUUGUUGCUUUACUCAGUCUGACUAUUCAGAACUUUUUCUCCUAGAAAAUUAUUUUCUGUCUGCAAUUUAUGCUUGUUUCCACUUUUUAUAUUGUCUUAUUAAAGAAAGCACAAACUAAAGCUUAGCUUGUUUUGAGACUACAAAAGAAAUUUUAAUGCCACAUUGAUGUUCUUGCUACUUAUAAGAGUAACUGCAUCUGGCUGUGUUUUUAUUAUAUAAUGCCAUUGUGUGUCUUUGGAUGCAGUGAAGUUCAUAUUGUAACAAAAAUCACUUAUAUAUGCUUUUCAGCUCAAACAUUCUAGGUGAAUUCUCUCAGUUUACAUAUUUGUAUAUGACUUCCUGGAUGGAUCAGUACAUGGAUGGACUUUUGAACAAGCUUAGAUGCUGGAACCCCUUCUAUCAAGGAAUGGAAAAUGUGAGGCAGGUAGACAUGAACCACUCCCACACUUAUUUGUAGCUCCUGAAGCCAAUCCCAGCCUCAGAGCCAUUGGGCUGUAUUUGGCUGUGUAUUACAAGUUGGCCAGAUCAGGCAACUUGUUUAUUGCCAUCAGGUCAGGCAAAACUGCCUUUUAUGGUGUGGUCUGCCAGCUUCAGAAAUAUGCUGUGUUAUUGGCUAGAAUAUUUAUUAGACUAUUGUUGGACUAUUUUUUAUCAAAUGCUUUACCCCAGGCUUGUUUGCACUGGGAGCUCUGGACCAAUAGUGUCUCUCCUAGUAACAGAAAUCUGAGCAUCUGUGGAUUACACAGUCUUACCUUCUCUAAAGAUCCCAACCCAUCCAAAAUGCUAUAUUAUGAAUUAAAUAAAUAUAUAUGUAUUCAU